AUGAGCAACGGCGAUGCCAAAUCCGAAACCUGUAAUGGGUUUUCUGAGAAGAAACCUUUCAAGAUCUUCGUUGGUUACGAUCCACGAGAAGAUCUUGCUUACCAAGUUUGUCGUCACUCAAUCACCAAUAGAUCUUCAAUCCCCGUGGAAAUCACACCGAUUGUUCAAUCAGAUCUGAGAAAGAAAGGUCUGUAUUGGAGAGAAAGAGGUCAGCUAGAGAGCACCGAGUUCUCUUUCACUCGUUUCUUGACCCCUCACUUGUCUAAUUACCAAGGUUGGGCAAUGUUUGUCGACUGCGAUUUCCUCUACCUUGCUGACAUCAAGGAACUCACUGAUGUGAUCGAUGAUAAAUACGCGAUCAUGUGCGUUCAACAUGAUUACACUCCCAAAGAGACCACUAAGAUGGACGGUGCGGUGCAAACCGUGUACCCGAGGAAGAACUGGUCUUCUAUGGUUCUUUACAACUGUGGACACCCGAAGAACAAGGCCUUGAACCCCGAGGCUGUCAACACGCAGACCGGUGCUUUCCUCCAUAGGUUUCAGUGGCUGGAGGAUGAAGAUAUUGGGUCUGUUCCUUUUGUGUGGAACUUUCUUGAAGGGCAUAACAGGGUUGUUGAGAACGAUCCCGCUACACAGCCUAAGGCGGUGCAUUAUACUCGUGGAGGGCCUUGGUUUGAUGCUUGGAAGAAUUGCGAGUUUGCGGAUCUCUGGCUUCAUGAGAUGGAAGAGUAUAGCAAAGAAAAUAAGAAAGAAGCCGAUGCAGCGAAGUAG